CAGCAGUCAAGUGAAUGGGAGCGCAUUUGUGUGCCACACUGGUGUAUCCGCCUAACGUGGUGCAACGAUGACUGCCCGAAACUGUUGUUCUAGCAAAUUACUCUCCAACAGGGCCACGGGAAAACUCAGCAUUUCUGUCUCUUAAAGCGGCCACAGUGGUAAAUGCGCACUGUAUCAGUCACGGUGUUGGUGCGUACAGAGGAACAGCGCGGACCUGCAGCCGCCGACCACAGAUCCACGCACUUACCCGGAGAUAAAUAGCCUACUUUUUAUUUCUUAUGGGAUUAUUCACUUCGCCAUGACACGAUUUGAGUAGGAUUAUGACCACUCCUUCCAUAAUGAGGCGGAUUUGUAGAUAGGGCGUUUUAAUGUCCACAUUUUGCAGUGGAAACCCUGCUAAUUUAAGCAAAGACGUUUUUCUAGUAAAGCUACUGAGCUGGACACGACAGGUCUGCAAACGUGUAUCGCCAGCGUGACUUUUGCUGUGUGGUAUCCCUCCCUGCGCUCGUGGCUUUGUAAUGGCUCAUGGGUCUUUUACCUGAAUAUUGGACUAUCCAUCCUUAUGCUUUCGGGGGCUUCCGCUGACAAACUGCGUCACCGAGUGGGCACUGCAAGAACACCCCUAUAGAUUUCCCCCUUUUGAAAGUGCAAGACCCUCACGCGCUGAAAUCCAAGUGUGCAAGUGGAUCCUUUUGUUAAACCAUGGAUGUAAAUGGUGGUGUGAACUCUGACCUCCACCAGAAACGACCCUCGGUACCGAACUCCCGCGGUGAACCUGAAAUGAAUGAAGACGUGAAAGAUGGCAGGGAGUCAAAUGCCUUCCCUUUAUCUAGCUUUCAGAAAAAUGUCCAUCAACGAUUUAUUAGAAGAAAUUUAUGGUUUGCAGAUGUGGAAGAACAUGCUUUUGAGGCCCCUGAAUGUGACAAAAAGAAUAAGUUACUCAAUAUUAACUUGCGAACAAUUGUGGACAGAAGUAGAAGUGCUAGUUUUGGGGUAAAAGAAGGUUCCAGUACUGAGAGCCAUUGCGGGCAAAAGGACAGUGCCACAGAGAGCGCCAGUGCGGAUGAGGAUAAGGACAAAGGUGGAGAGGUGUCAAACGUGACAUGUCAAGAUGGUGGUAAGAGCGCAGUGAAGACAGCCAGCGAGGACAAUGAAGAGGAGGCCGAGAUGAAGGCUGUGGCCACGUCUCCAGGAGGACGCUUUCUUAAAUUUGACAUCGAACUGGGCAGAGGGUCCUUCAAGACGGUCUACAAGGGCUUUGAUACAGAGACGUGGGUGGAGGUGGCCUGGUGCGAGCUACAGGACCGUAAGCUGUCCAAAAUGGAGCGUCAGCGCUUCAAGGAGGAGGCAGAGAUGUUGAAGGGUCUUCAACAUCCCAACAUUGUUCGCUUUUAUGAUUUCUGGGAGUCUCCUGUCAAAGGGAAGAAAUUUAUUGUGUUAGUGACAGAACUCAUGACAUCAGGAACUCUCAAAACGUAUCUCAAGCGUUUUAAAGUGAUGAAGCCCAAAGUUUUGCGCAGCUGGUGUCGUCAGAUUUUGAAAGGCUUGCAUUUCCUCCACACACGGACCCCUCCCAUCAUACACAGAGACCUGAAGUGUGACAACAUCUUCAUUACUGGCCCCACAGGCUCAGUGAAAAUAGGUGACUUGGGACUGGCAACAUUGAAAGCAGCCUCCUUUGCUAAAAGUGUUAUAGGCACACCUGAGUUCAUGGCGCCAGAGAUGUACGAGGAGCACUAUGAUGAAGCAGUGGAUGUCUAUGCCUUUGGGAUGUGUAUGCUGGAGAUGGCCACUUCAGAAUACCCCUAUGCAGAGUGCCAAAAUGCUGCCCAGAUUUACCGCAAAGUUACCAGUGGAGUUAAGCCAGCCAGCUACAACAAGGUCAUGGAUCCAGAAAUAAAGGAGAUUAUUGGGGAGUGCAUCUGCCAAAAGAAGGAGGAGCGGUACACAAUCAAAGACCUGCUGAACCAUGCCUUCUUUGCCGAGGACACAGGUGUGAGGGUGGAGCUUGCAGAAGAAGAUGAUGGGAAAAAGUCGUCCAUCGCUCUGAAGCUGUGGGUAGAGGAUCACAAAAAACUGAAAGGGAAAUACAAAGAAACUGGAGCCAUUGAGUUCUCGUUUGACCUGGAGAAAGAGGUUCCCGAAGUUGUGGCACAAGAGAUGGUGGAGUCUGGCUUCUUCCAUGAGAGCGAUGUAAAGACCGUGGGAAAGUCCAUCCGGGACCGAGUGGCUCUGAUCAAAUGGAGGAGAGAGAGGACAGUGUCUGCAUCUCUAAAACGGGACAAGGCUCUGGGCACAACGUCUCAGGGUGCCUCUACCAGAACUGAACCAGAAGAACCAGACUCCGACCCUCACAACCGCCUCUGCAACCACCCGACUAGUACCACAUCGGUCACAUCUGACAGCACACUGGACAGUGGAACAGGCUCCACUGUGUACUCAGACUCACACAGCAGUCAACAGAGCAUCCUUUACCAGUCACUUCUUGAACCCACUAUGACAACACAGCAGGCUAGCUCUGUGGACCACCAGCAUCAGUCUAUUCAGGGCAUGUCAAGCACCUCUCUACAAUACCUCCAGUCGGGUCUCAACCACCCCGCUGCCCCUCUCAGCUCCCUGACCAAUGCUGCAGGCUAUGCACCUCAAAAUGUACAGCAAAGUCAAGCAUCAGCCGCACCACAAUAUAUUGCACAGGGCUACCAAACGCAAAGUCAACAACCACAGCAUCCAGCAAAUUCAGGCUUCUUUUCAAUGCAACAAACCUACCCAAAUUGUGUGGCUUCAAAUCAAAUGCCAUCACAAGCAACACCAGAAAUUUACAAUCAACAUUUGACAAAUCAACCGGAGCACCAUGUAACUUUGCAACAAAAUACUGUCAUUUCACAAACCCAGGCUGUUAUUACAAACCAGGACUAUGCACAUUCCAUAAAUGGACCACAACAUACAGCUCCAGUCCAGUUUACUCAAACAUUUGUGGAGGAGGGUCAAGGCUUGCAUGGACAUGCAACUCAGACUUCAGGACACAAUCUCCAGCCCCUGCAGAUUUCAACUUCCCUCCAGGCUGCACAAGCUUGUCAGCAGGUGCCCCAGCAGACCCAUGUCAUUCAUCCUGGACUGGUUCCCCCGCCGUUAGUCCAGCCUGGACAAAUCAGCCAGUCCACCUCUUCACCUGUGCACAGAGGAUCACUCCAGAACACCUCUGCAGACAACAGUGUGUCCCAACUGCACUCUCAGACCCAGGUCGAGACCCAGGUCACAGUGCAGCCCGAGACCCAAAGGUCCAUAUCGGAGAGUACCAGUCUGAGCCAGCACAAAGCACAUGUGGCUGCUCAGGGACCAGGGCCAAGUAUGGAGGACCAAGCCACCGAGAAACACAGUGCUGGCCAGAGCUAUGACAGUGUGAACUCGGAUGCUACAUCGGGAAAAGAGAUGAGUGAUGGCUAUGAGGGCACCCAUGGGAGCAGAAGUGAUGGAAAGGCCAGAAAACACCACCGCAAGACUUCACGCACACGCUCCAGACAGGAAAGGAUCAACAAGCCCAAACUAAGCAUGCUCAAUGUAUGCAAUACAGGGGACAAGAUGGUUGAGUGUCAACUGGAAACUCAUAAUCACAAGAUGGUCACAUUUAAAUUUGACCUGGAUGGCGAUGCACCAGAAGAAAUUGCAACUUACAUGGUGGAACAUGAUUUUAUUCUGCCACUGGAGAAGGAAAUAUUUAUCGAGCAGCUGAAAGACAUUGUGGAGAAGGCAGAGGACAUGUUGAGCGAGGACACAGAAGGAGAGAAGGAUCCUGAUCUAGGAGGGAGUCCGAAACAGAACAAUACAGAUGGCACCGCAGAGACAGAGGGUUCAAAUGUUAUAUUUCCAAGCAGUCCUCAACUUGUAUACCAGCAAAAUGUCCUGCACACAGGCAAACGCUGGUUCAUUAUCUGCCCAGUGGCUGAAAUACCCAACGCUGAUACUGAGAAAACAUCUGUGACCUCUACAGAUCAUGAAUCUGAAAACUCAUCUGUCAAACUCACUACAACCAGUGCUGCAGUGUCUACUCCUGCUGCAUCUUUAUCCAGUUCAACAUCCUCCACGCUGCCCCCUACAGACAAAACAACAACAGUGCAAGCACAGGACCAAAACAUUAGCAAAACCCAGAUACAGCAGCCGCAGUCUGGUGUGACUAAACACCCCCUUCCUCCCUCUAAUCUCAACCACUCCUUUUCUGUUGAGGAUCCAUGUAUCACUAUGGUAACUGAUAUGCCAUGUUGCGCCAUAGUGCCGCCUGUCUCCUUGGAGGUGAACGGCAGUGAUAAAAUGGCUCUUACCAAUGCAUUACCAUCUCAAAAGAAUCAAAAUAAAAUUAGUCCUACAGGAGAAAUGACUUCCCAACAAUCUGUAGUAUUACAACAACCUUUCUCUUCAUCAAUACAACCCGGAUCAGUUUCGUCUCAACCUGAAAGUCCUGCACAUCAAGCAUCACAGACAUCCUCAGGUCAACAACAGCCUGCAAGUGGCCACCAGGGGGAGUCAGACAGCGAGGGGCCACGGAGAGUGGAGUUUGUGGAUCGAACAAUAAAGACUUUAGAUGAGAAACUAAGGACUCUUCUCUAUCAGGAGCAUGCACCAUCUCAGUCAUGCAACAGCACAUCAGAUCAACAGGCCUCCAGUGCAGAAGACAUUAGCUCCACACCAGGAUCGGAUGGACAGAGCACAGAGGGGGGACAUUCUAAGAAGAAGGGGGAGCCAAUGCCUCAGAUACCAGAGCAUGCAGAUGGUGUGAGUGCAAUUGACUCUGCAGUGACAGACACCAACAAGGACCUGAACAGAAAAGAUAUUCCCUGUUCAAAAAGCCGUUUCCAGGUCAUUCCCACUCCUCCAGAUGCAAUUUGCAAUAUGGAGAAAUGCAAGACAAGUCAAAGCAUCUGUAGUUCUUUAGCUCCCUCUUGUGGUACAACUGGUUCUCACAGUCACACCAAGAGCUUGGCCAAGUCCAAUAAGACUUGUCCAGUUGGCUCACCAAAUGACAACAAUUCAGAAAUGUCGAAGCCGUACAGUAACCGAUACUCUGCUCCACCAAAUAUGUACCAGGCCACUCCUGUUUCCAGCCCCAAUAGCACGCCACAGCAUAUCCCAAGAGCCAAAACUAUUGAUUCUUCCACAUAUCACCUACGUCAUCACUCCUCGCACCUAUAUUCAGAUUCAGCAGAUGAAGACAGCGGCAGCACGGCCCCACACAUGCCUCAUUCUGUUCCCCCUACCCAUGCCCUGUCUGAACAUAGCGGAAGUGACCUAAUGAAAAGGGCAGUAGCUUUUUUGAGGCGCAGUGGACGGAGCAAAAGCGAGCAUAGCACAGAUUCACCAAAUCGUCACUCUGUUGCAAUGAACGGCCACGCCCCCUCGCCAUCUCCAGGACACACCCAGUCAUCUUACAUCAGCAGCGACAAUGACUCAGAGUUUGAAGAUGCAGAUAUGAAGAGGGAACUGCAAAAACUGAGAGAAAAACACAUGAAGGAGAUAUCAGAGCUGCAAGCCUUCCAGAGGAGCGAGAUUGAGCGUUUGUACAAAGAGCUGGGGAAAACAUUGCCCCCUAGUGUUGGCCUUCUUCAUGCUGCUCCUCCAAGUGGCCGAAGACGCAGGACCAGCAAACACAAGUUGAAGGCUGGGAAGCUAAUGAACCCAAUGGUGCAGCAGCUCAGAAACAACGUUAAUGCUUCUACUAGUGACAGAAAAGGUGAAAGUGCAGUCAGUUCAUCUGACUCUCCAGCUAAGAGCUCCCUGUUGUCCGAGGGUUCAACAGUUUCCAGUGUGAGCUCUGGUUCUAGUACUCAGCCCAGACCUGGUCCAGUCCAAGUCCAGACGCAACAGCCAUGUUCCCUGAAGGGCUCCCUCUCCUCAGACAACAUCUACACUGGAGUACACAGUGACAGGAUGGUGACACAAGCAGCACAAGGGUCAACCCUCAACACUGCUGCAGCCCAGAUGACAUCUCAUCAGACCCUGCCCCCUCUGACCACACCUGUACCAACUCCUCAGCUCCUCCCACGACUUGCUCAGGUCCAAACCAACAACAGCAACAACAAGAAAGGCACUUUCACAGAAGAUCUUCACAAACUGGUGGAUGACUGGACAAAGGAAACUUUGUCUGCUUCUCAUAAACCCCGCCCCACACUUAAUCAAAUGAAACGGGAACAACAGCAACAAGAACUACAAGGCAAAGGCCAACCCAUUAGACCUGCUGGACAUGAGAUAAAAUGCCAUGCCAAUGUUGGUUGCAGCCAGUUCCACCUGCCUCUUUCCUGCCCCCUGUCUGCUGCUUUAGGACCUGGUUUUACCACUAACCAUGGUCCAAACUCCUCUGCCAUUCUUCCUCCUGCAUAUCGCUUGCCCUUAGGAUUUUACAGCAGUGGGGCCUCUGUUUCUCUUAACCCGCAGUGGCCCGGGACACCCACUCCUCUGGUGGGCUCCAGGGGUCCUGCUGUAGGCCUGCUUGGUGCUGCAAGUAUAAUGCCAUACAUUGCAAUGGCAAACCCGGGGAUGCAAGCCUACCCUGUGAUCAUGCACACAGCUGAGAAUGGUGCAUGUCCGAAAACCACUAGGACUACAUAAUCAACUGUUUAAACAAGGACUUGGACUUUCUACUAUUCAGGGGAGUCAUGUGUACAAGAUACAAGUGUUAAGAUAUUCUUGAUACAACAUCUCUAUGUAGUUGUGUGUGAGUGGUAUGUGUGUAAAACUGUAAACUGUAAGUGUUAACAAUGUAUGCCUGAAUAACUAAUGCUUUCCAGCUUUGGUCACUGUCCCAAUUCUGCCAUAUGAUCAUGAAAUUUUUAUGUAUGCACACUACAUUCGUAGGCUAUUUGUUUUGGGCAGACAAACAUAACAGUAUUUAUGAUUUCGAGUAAUGUUGUGCCUUGGACAAUGUUUUGUGUGUGUGUGUGUGUGUGUGUAUCCAAUCAUGUCUGUUACAAAUUAUUUAUCAGUACUUUGAGUGCAGUCUCAUUUUUAGUGCAUUCACGUUUUUCAGUUUGUUUUCAUAAAUGCCCUUGUAGUAAUGCACUUUUACAACACAUGCUCCUAUUUGAAUACAAUAGUUUUAUUUUUAUUUACUUUCACCCUGUGUGACCGAUGAUAUGCCAUAAUGGGUAGAUGUACAGUUGCCUUGUAAAAACCUUUGAAAUAUGAAUAAAAUUGCAAAGAUAUUUUAUGACGCCAGCAGCCAAAACCACUUCUUCAGGUUGAAUGGUUUAGUGGGCCUCUUUGGAUUGGUUCUAUUGCAGACUUAUGCUGAGAGGGAAGCUGGAGUCCAGAGCCAAGUAUACUGUACAUAGUUAUUUUAUACAUGUCUCUGGUAGAGCUUUUAUCAGAAUGUAGCUAUUACAGUUUGAGAAAGUUUGAGGCUUAAAAGUGCAAUUUCUUCUCUCCGCAAAGCUUUGAUAGUGGCCUUGCCACAAGCCUUAUCUCCGGUGUAUGUAACAGAAGCCACCUACAAAGUAGAACGUGAUCAAUCAAAUGUUGAGUGUAACAAGCAAAUGGUCACUCUUCAAAAUAAAUCCAAUUAAGACUAAAACUGGUAAAUGACCUCCCUUUCAUUUUUGCUGCACUACAGCAUACACUAGAUUUCUUGUGCAAUCAAUUAGUUUAUGAAAGUAUUUUUAAAUUGUUUUUAUGUUGAAAACUCAGUUUUCUGUGUGUUUCUUAUGCUGCUAUUUUGAGGAAAUUCCACUGUACAGUUUCCACAGAUUGUAUGGUACUUAAAUAAAGAACCCUCUUAAAUUAA